AUGCCGACGGUCCAGCUACGGAAGAAUGCGACGAUCGCAACGGUCAGAUUCGGUGGAAACGAGCCGACGAACACGAUCGGGAUCACAACAGUCAUUACCCCGAUUGGAGAAGUCGUUUUCCACGUUAUCAAUAUGUCAACGCCCUUCUUGCUAUGCCUCAAGGAUAUGGACCGUCUCGGUGCCUAUCUCAACAACGUCACGAACGAAUUGAUCUGCGGCGAUAAGAGGAUUCCGAUCAUCAAGGCAGACGCACCGCGCAGGUUCAAAUUCACGUUAAAGGAUAACUGCGAUUUCAACUACGAAUUGAUCGUCGAUGUCAAUGACGCCCUCAAUGCCCGUAAUGGGCCCAACACGAUUGAGAAGAUGCCACUAUCAUUGCCGCUUGGUAGUGAAGCUGAUAGCAUCAACGUUGAGACCGAAGUGCCUAAGCCAUUCGAAUAUCCUGAGCCGGAGAGACCACGCAGACGUGGCAGACCAAGAAAACCCUUUUCGUUACCUCGAUCUCAAUUUUCACCCGCUAAUAUGUUUCUAUCGCAUAAGGAGUGCGCCGCCCUCGACCUUGCCGUAAAGUUACGUGCAGAGAAGAAAAUCACUACCGCCGGACGACCGUUUGAAGCCUCUGAUGACCUCGAAAUCACGAACCUGCUAGGCGCAGGCGUCAUCGUGCCCGAACGAUACGAUAUGAAUAAGCAUGGAAAACACAGGCUAUUCAAGUCACGAAUGGUCCGGGAGGUCAAAGGAUAUGGUGACGACGAGAAGCAGAUCAACGUCACGACCGCAGAGACCAACGCGGAUACCGCACUUCAGGUUAAUGCCUUCGGCGUUGCCGCGCUUCAGACUGAUGAUACGUUAUUGCCAAAGAAGACCCUACGAGAAGGCGAUACCUGUGAUUUCAACGGCAGCCUCAUUGCUCUAGAGAAGGGCUAUCUUCUAGUCAUGCAGAAAGGUCAGGUCAACAACCUCAAAAUUAUCGAUCUAUCCACGGAAGAUCGGGCCCAACGAUACGUGGAACAACGUGCCCAUCCAACCGCGGAGGAUUUUCAGGCGUUGAAUAAACGGAUCCAAUGGCAGAUCGACAAUCCACAAAGAGGCCUUCGAUUCGUCCCAAUAGGUCUAGAAGCAGCAAAGGUCUUCGUCUUCACAGACGGAUCAUUCGCCAACAACAAGGACUUAAGCUCUCAGAUCGGAUUCGUUAUAAUCAUUGCAACCGAGACUAACUCGACGAAGUAUUCGUACAGCCUGUACGAGUGCCUAGUGAAGCUUGGCACCACCACGGAGAAACGUCUGAUGAUCGAUAUCAUGGCGUUGAGACAGGCCUACGAACAACGCGAAAUCACCAACAUCCGCUGGAUCAACGGAGCGGAUAACCCGGCCGAUGCAAUGACGAAGCUAUCUCAAACGGGGCCUUAA